AUGGAUAUCGUCGAUCGUGAUGUGCAGCGGGCUGAGGUCCAGGCCACGCGCACAUACUCACAGGACAGCAAGGAUCGCCGCUCCUUGCGCAGCCAGAGAUCAAGAGAGUCUGCUCUGUCGAGCUCAUCGGGCUCGAGCACAUCGACCGGCCAAGAUAUGGGCCGAAUAGCCACCGCAGGCACUUCGGGGCCUCCCUUGGCAACGAGAACAAGAACACACCCGGUUGAAGACCUCCGAACCGAGACACAUCGCCUGCAGCACAGCCAGACCGUGGGAGCUAGCAUCAAGUCAAGAGCCACGUCAAGGCCGCUGCCGGAAUUUGGAGGUGGAAAGCCUUACCCUCCUAUGCUACCUGCGCAGGAAGAAUAUGUAGUGGAAUUCGAUGGGAAAGAUGAUCCAAUGCACCCGCAGAAUUGGGCAUUCAGGAAAAAAUUCUACAUCGGCGCCAUUCUCGCAUACACCUGCUUGGGUAGCACGUUUACCUCGUCUAUCUUCUCCGCCUCAACACAGUCCGUGGCUGCGUAUUUUAAUGUCAGCGUUGAGGUCGCGACAUUGAGCACGUCCCUAUAUGUCCUUGGAUACGCUUUUGGUCCUCUCAUUUGGGGUCCCUUCAGCGAACUGCAGGGUCGAAAACUCCCCAUUCUCGUGGGUGUCUUCGGGUUCUCCCUGUUCUGCUUCGGCUGUGCCACCGCCAAAGACCUCCAAACUCUCAUGAUCUGUCGCUUUUUCACCGGCUUCUUUGGCUCAUGCCCUUUGGCAGUCGUGGCAGCAGCAUUCUCCGACAUGUUUGACAACCGUCAAAGAGGUGUUGCCAUUGUCAUCUUCUCGUCCAUGGUUUUCAUGGGACCUAUGCUGGGUCCUUUCAUCGGCGGCUUCGUCAACAAAUCCUACCUCGGCUGGCGCUGGAAUCUAUACAUUCCCGGCAUCAUGGGUUGUGCGGCCUUCAUCCUUAACGUGGUCUUUCUGUCGGAGACCUAUGCUCCUGUGAUCCUGGUGGACAAGGCCAAGGAGUUGCGUCGCCGCACUAAGAACUGGGGCAUCCACGCAAAGCAGGAGGAGGUCGAGGUGGAUUUCCGGGAACUCGUUACUAAGAACUUUUCGCGUCCCAUCCGCCUGUUGGUCUCCGAACCCAUCAUCCUCGCCAUCACCCUGUACAUGUCUUUCAUCUACGGCCUGCUCUAUUGCUUCUUAACGGCUUAUCCUCUGGUCUUCCAAGGUGUCCACCACAUGGUUCCUGGUGUGUCCGGCUUGCCUUUCUUUGGAAUGGUUGCGGGUAUCUUUAUUGUUGCUCUGUAUAUCAUUUACAAUGCGCGCGGGUACAACAAGAAGCUCCAAGCCAACGGAGGUAUCCCUGUUCCGGAAUGGCGUUUGCCCCCCGUCAUGAUCGGUGGUGUCCUCUUUGCACUCGGCCUGUUCUGGUUUGGCUGGUCCGGAAAUUAUGAGUCAGUCCAUUGGAUCGUGCCAACCUUGUCAGGCCUUUUCACAGGGUUCGGUCUGUUGGCAAUCUUCAUCCAAUGCUUCAACUAUAUCAUUGAUUCGUACCUGAUGUUUGCUGCAUCGGCUAUAGCAGCCAACACAUUUCUCCGUUCCAUCACCGCCGCCGGCUUUCCACUGUUUGCUCGACAGAUGUUCACUGGCCUCGGGAUAAAUUAUGCUGGUACGCUGUUAGGUUGUCUGGCGGCAGCAUGUGUACCUAUCCCGGUUGUGUUUUAUCUAUACGGCAAGAAGCUCCGACAGAGAUCCAAGUUUGCUCCGACCAUGGCAGUUAAGAAACCAGUUGAUGAAGAGGAGAGCGGUAGUGACGAGGAAAUGCAAUUUGCGGCACUUCAUGCGACUAGAAGCCGAGCAGAUCAUGAUGCCCAGAUCAGGAGCAGGACUCGAACAAGGACUAAUGGUCCCACCGACCCUGAGAAGGCUAACUAG